AUGUUGGCCGCUAAUAAAACUAGUAUAGGUUCAUUAAUUAUAAUGGCCAUGGUAUUUGGUUCUUGCGUAGCCAAUGGUGAAUAUCUUGAAGAGGGUCGCAAACUUGCCGGCAACCCCGUCUUUGAUAUAACUAAGUUUGGAGCAGUGGGAGAUGGUCGCACCAAUACUUUCAAGGCGUUUUUGAAAACAUGGAUCCAAGUGUGUUCAAGUCCUGUGCCAGCAACGCUACUUGUCCCUAGAGGAAAUUUCUUGGCUGGUCCAGUUAUUUUCGCCGGUCCAUGCAGGAGCAAAGUGACUGUCGAGGUUCGCGGCACGAUCACUGCUACAACAAGCGGAUUCGCAACCCCUGAAUGGUUCUUAUUCGAACGUGUUGACAAUGUUCUCCUUACCGGACCUGGCACAUUCCACGGCAGAGGUGAAGCCGUAUGGGCAGCUGAUGGUUGUGGCAAAAAGGCUAAAUGCAAUCUUCCCCCAACGUCUCUGAAAUUCAGAAACAUAGUAAACCUUGAAAUCAGCGGAAUUAGCUCGGUGAACGCAAAGGCCUUCCACAUGUUCUUGGUGAAAACCGUGAAUGUCAACAUCCACCACAUUAAGCUUAUCGCCCCUGCUGAGAGUCCCAACACCGAUGGUAUCCAUUUGAGCAAUGCUGACAACGUUAGGAUCACCGACAGUUUCAUAGCAACCGGAGACGAUUGUGUUUCAGUCGGACGUGGUUGCAACGGUGUAAACGUUGAACGCGUGACUUGUGGUCCCGGACACGGCCUAAGUGUCGGUAGUCUUGGUAAGUACCCCAAUGAGGAGGACGUUAGCGACAUUAACUUUAAGAACUGCACAAUGAAGAAUACCGACAAUGGUCUUAGAAUCAAGAGUUGGGGUGGUUCGUCUCCAAGCAAGGCUGAGCACAUUCAUUUUGAAAAUAUUAUCAUGGAAAACGUCAAGAACCCAAUCAUCAUUGACCAAAACUAUGGUUCAAGAGGCGGGGAUUCAAGAGUUGCCAUAAACGAGGUGUUGUUCAAGAACAUAAGAGGAACAACAAUUACAAAAGACUUUGUUCAGUUCAUGUGCAGCAAAUCCAUACCGUGCAAAGGAGUCAACGUUGUUGAUGUGAACUUAAACUUCGUAGGCAACAGAGGAGGACAUCAAUCCUCGUCAGGUGGUUUGAUCGGAUCUCUUUGUGACCACGUCAAUUUUAUCUCUGGUGGAAGGAUCAACUUCCCUCUCUGUCCAAAAUAA